AAUUGGCUCAAGCGUGGCCAAUAGCGUUCUCCUAUUGCAGAAUUACCUGCUUUCGCGCGAUAUUCAUCGCAGACUCGGCAGAUCAUGGCGCCAAUCCUGUAGCAAAAAAUUUCAUAAUUUUAUCCAUGUUCUUUUAGAGUUUGUAAUUUCAUCCGUUAUUUUCCAUUAGUUUUACAUAACGGGAUGGAGCAAGAAGCCAGCACAUCUACGCCCGUGACAACCAGAUCUGCGCUCAGAGAAAUCACAAGAACCGCUUCAGGCAGCCGGACAUCCUUCAGCAAUGUGUUGCUCUUCAUGGAGACAUCACCUACCUCCCCCGACGAGGAAGUGGUCCAGAAACGGGGAAAGCGCAACAUUCCAGCCGCAUUUGCAAUGACCCCGCCGAAGACACCCACCAAGAAGUCCCCCAAGAAGCAGCCAGGGACUCCCAGCAAGGGCCUGACCCCACGCAAGGGGGCCUUCAGCAGCCCCCUACGCAGCUCCCCACGGAAGCGGCUGCUGCUGCCCUCGGAUAUCUCGGACGCCAUUAGUGCCUCCCCGAGCAAGAGGCUGGUGUCGCCAGUGAAGAGGCUCAGGCUGCAGGCCAGGGACCACGAAGUGGAUCCAGCAGUGGCGCUCAAGGCGCUCACCAAGACGCAACUUGUGUCCCUACUUCAGGACAUCAUGCAGCGCUCUCCAAGUGCAAAACAGGCAGUGCAGGACCUGUUGCCGGAGCCAGACCUGGUGCAGGCAGAACAGAAGCUGGAGAAGCUUCUGCGCAGCAUCUACCGCUCAUUCCCCAGCAAGCACUGGGGCAACAGCCGCGACGCUUUCUGCUUUCGCAGGGUUCAAGCGCCUCUGGACUCCUUCAAGAGGAAGUGCCUGGAGCGGGGCCAGCAGCUAUGCUCGGCAGAGCAGUGGAGCGCCCUGCUGGAGUAUGUCCAGCUGGCCUGGAGCUUUGUGCGCAAGCUGCCCGACUGGGACGACGCGGCGCACAACCGCACCAAGCUGCUCUGCUUUCGCGGCCUGGCCAUGCUCUGCAUGACCGCCCUCAAGAAGGCACUCCUCGAACCUUGCCGUCUCGGGGCACUGAUCGCCAGACUGCGGGAGAUGCAAGAGGACAGCACCAGCAUCGCCUCCUGCAUCAAGUUUGUUGAAGCCCGGCUCGAGAAGCUUCAGCAGUAGAGGAAUCACGAGACACUGCAUGCUUUCUUUUCUUUUUUUAUUCUUGUCAUCAUUAUCGUUAUUUCUCUUUUAUGUAUGUACACAAUAAAAAUCAUGGGCCUUUUUGGUCA